CUGGAGCCUAGGAACAGAGAAGAGAGUAAGUGGGGGCAGGGAGCGGCAGGUGGAGGUCAAAGGCAACUUCGGCUUGGAGUUGGAUUCCUACUCCCGCGAAGAGGAGCUGGGCUGGGCGGGACCCCGAAGGGGCGGGUCAGGGAGGGGGAAAGGACAGAUGAGGGCGGAGGGCAACAUUGCCUCAUCCUGUACAUUUUACGGGAAACCUACUGUGCAUCCGGAGGAGGAGCCACCGGGCUGUCGUCCCGCGCGGCCGCCCAAUGGGCAGACUCGUCUGGGCUAGCCCGGCCGCCCCUCACCCACUGCUCCGGCCCUCCGCCCGCCUAUAUACCGGGGAAUUCGCGGGCGCGCCCAGCCCAGUUACUCAGUCCCAGUGCGCUCCUCAUCGAAACUGCGUGCGUGACCCCAGCGCAGCUCAAAACCGUGCCUGCAGUCUCACUGGUGCCGGGGGAGGGGGGUAGUGCGUGGGAAAGUGGCUAGUAGGGGCACCCACCGGGAGCGACGCGUGGUCUGCCCGCGAGCAUGAUCGUGGACAAGCUUCAGGAGGACGGCCGCGGCGGGGAAGGCCUGUUGGACGGCGCGGCCGGAGAGGGUGGUCUCAUGACCAGUCCCCUCAACCUGGCCUAUUUCUACGGAGGUUCGCCCCCGUCUGCUGCCAUGGGGGCGAGCGAUGCCAGCUUCUCGUCGUCUGGCCAUUCGACGCCAGGCUCCCCAGGCUCCGACUCCUCCGAUUUUUCUUCCUCUUCCUCGGUGUCCUCGGCCUCCUCCUGCAGCGCCCCGGGAGAGUCUCGGACCAGAGGGGGUCCCCGCGCAGAUCGCGUGCCAGGUGAGCACCAUAUGGCUGGUGGAAGACAACAGAGAGGACCCUUUCAAGGCGUUCGUGUGAGAAAUUCAGUGAAGGAACUCCUGUUGCAUAUAAGAAAUAAUAAGCAGAAGUCUUCUGCACCAGCUGUGGAGGAUUUCAAGGCACAAAGUGUGACAACAGAGCCAUUUACUGCAGAGCUGAAGAACAUAUUGGCACAUAGUGGAAAAAGAAAGGGGAUUGAUGCUGGUCCUGAUGGAUCAGCUUGCAAAAGGCCAGCUGUAUCUUUGCACACGCAGUUUUUGACACCACCUCAAACUCCAACUCCUGUGGAUAGCAUGGAAGAUGUUCAUAUUAAUGAACCUAAACAGAGCAACAAUUCUGAUCUGCUUCAGAACAUUAUGAAUAUUAAAAAUGAAUCCAAUCCUGUUUCUUUGAAUACAGUCCAGUUUAGCUGGAUGAGUCCAGUGGUUCUCAAUCAGAACUCCCCUAGAGAGCAGUAUCAGGAUUUCCAUGGAGGGCAGACUCUCAAUCCACCACAGAAAUACCAAUCAUUCCAAGUGAGCAGUUCUCCACAAAUGAUGGAUCAAUCUCAGAUAUAUCAGUUUUCUUCACCACAGAACCAGGAUUUGCAACAGCCCUAUAGUCACAUUUCGGUCCCAGAAUGUAGUCCAUAUGCUGGAAAACCUUCUCCUAACUAUGAACCAAACUUAUUUGAUGGGCAAGAAAUGCUGUUCUGCUCAAGCCAAAGCUUUGCAUCUCUCCUAAAUAGUCCUGGGGAACCGGAGAAUAUUGCUCUUCCCAUUCAGACUUCACCCAGUGCUCAGCAGCAGCAGCAACAACAGCAGCAACAACAGCAGCAGCAACAACAGCAGCAUAGACACUCAAAUGAGAUUAACAUCCAGAAUUUUAACCUGGGGCCGAGCAAUGCCUGUGAUGUCCUGAGUGGGCAGGAUCUAGGUUUAACACCUUUAAAUGUUUCCAUGCCACUCCAGAAUGUGGCUGGAAAUUCAAUGAACACUACACAGUUAGGAAAGUCCUUUUUUCAGUGGCAGGUAGAACAGGAAGAAAACAAACUGGCUAAUCUUUCCCAGGACCACUUUCUUUCCAAGGAUGCAGAUGGAGAUACGUUGCUUCACAUUGCAGUUGCCCAGGGACGAAGGGCCCUGUCUUAUGUUCUUGCAAGGAAGAUGAGUGCUCUUCAGAUGUUAGAUAUUAAAGAACACAAUGGCCAGAGUGCCUUUCAGGUAGCAGUUGCUGCCAAUCAGCAUCUCAUUGUGCAAGAUCUUGUCAACUUGGGGGCCCAGGUGAACACUACGGACUGCUGGGGAAGAACACCACUGCACGUCUGUGCUGAAAAGGGCCACUCACAAGUCCUUCAAGCAAUUCAGAAGGGGGCCAUCUGUAGCAAUCAGUUUAUAGAUCUGGAAGCCACCAACUAUGAUGGUCUGACUGCUCUGCACUGUGCAGUGGUGGCUCACAAUGCUGUAGUUCAUGAACUCCAGAGAAACCAGCAGCAUCACUCACCUGAAGUCCAAGAGCUUCUCUUGAAGAACAAAAGUCUGGUUGACACGAUCAAAUGCCUAAUCCAGAUGGGAGCCACUGUGGAAGCUAAGGAUCGUAAAAGUGGUCGAACUGCACUUCAUUUAGCAGCAGAAGAAGCUAAUCUAGAGCUGAUUCGCCUCUUUUUGGAGCUGCCCAGUUGCCUAUCUUUUGUGAAUGCUAAGGCUUAUAAUGGUAACACUGCCCUCCAUGUAGCUGCCAGCCUGCAGUAUCGAGUGACCCAGUUAGAUGCCGUCCGUCUACUGAUGAGGAAGGGAGCUGAUCCAAGUACAAGGAACCUAGAGAAUGAACAGCCAGUACAUUUGGUUCCAGAUGGCCCCGUUGGAGAACAGAUAAGACGGAUCCUGAAGGGGAAAUCUGUUCAGCAGAGAGCACCACCAUAUUAGCUCCAUGUGACCUGAAAGUCUAUAGUCAACACUCACUGUCAGUUAGGCAGUCCUGAAGUAUCUGUAAAUAGACCAUUUGCCUUGUAAAUGGCAAAUGAAAGUUGUUUCUGUGAAACAAAGGCAUUUAGUUCACUAUUAUAUAGUGGGUUAUGUUAAAAGAGAAAAAUUUUUAAAAAUUAUUUCCUCUUAACAUAUUGGAAUUUUACAUUCCCAGGUGGCUGGGAGUUAAACACUUGGACUUAUAUUUUUUAGUGGUUAAAUUGACUAGGAGAACUUUUAAUUUGCUUUAUGAGGCAUUUAUCGGUUUGUUGGUGCCAGUUUAAAAGUAGAUCACAAACAAUUUUGGGAGGAGGAGGAACCAAAAAAAAAAAAUGUGUGGUACCAUGUUAACAUUAACAUAGGUGUUUAGCCUUAUUAUGAAUGAUACAAACACAAAAAGGUCGUUGAAAUUUGCAGUGUAUAUAUUUGCUCUUUUUGUUCAAAACUAUAUUAAAUGUACAUAUGCUGCUAGACAAAUGACUACCCCCAUUUUUAAGUGAAUAAAGAUUUUUAAAAGUAAUUUAUUAGCUCUGAUACAUAUCUAAAGAAGCUUUUGUUUUUGAACCAGCAAGUUUCUGUAAAGAAACUAGAGUAAUUGGAUCAUUUUGAUGGAAGAUAAACCAUCAUUUUGAAUGUGAUAAUGCUGCUCUCAUUCACUGAGCUUCUAAUAAUUCUGCUUAUAAGACCAUACUCUUGAGGAAAGCAUUUCUUUCCUCCAAGAUUUUUUUUCCUCAUCUCAUAAGAAUGGCAAAAAGUCAGCAUCAAAAUAAUGUUAGUCAACCCAAUUUUUUUCUCUCCUUAAUUAAGUGUAUUCAUGAUAAUGUAUAGUCAUGAUUUAUAUAUAUUGUAUAGUGAAAAGCUUCCUAUUUUAUUUUUCAGUUAAUUGUUAAUAUACUCUGUUAACACUGCCUGAUCUCCACGGUGGGGAAUUUAACUUGUACAGCUAUGAUUGCACACUAAUUCUUUCUAAUGGAUUUGAUUCCUUUAAAAAAAAAUUUAAAAAAAUUUUCUUAAAUGAUGGGAAACAUCACAUGUGACGGAUCUUUGUGACUAACCUAAAUCCCUUUAAAAAGAUAACUUUUGGUUUGAUCACAUUGUUUGACCAAGUAUGUCUUGUAGACAAAAAUUAAUUGUAAACAUUUGGUGUCAAUGAAUGUAGUUGUGAUACAUAUAGUUAAGUAUACUUUGAAUAGCUUUGUAUGAAUUUAAAUAAAAUUAUUAAUUCAGUUAUUCUGCUUCCUUCAAAUGUUUUCUUCUCUUGUCCAGAGGGAUAGCAAAGAUUUCUAUUAGAUUUGCUAUUUAAACAUAUCAUCGACAUUGUUGGAGAAAAUGAAAUAUUAAAUUAUUGUCACUAUUAUGUCUGCCCCUUAUUGACUGUCAGAUGCUAAAUGUAUAUGGCAAGCAGUCUGUGUUUUGGAAGUUUUCAUAUUAAAGUGUCUUAAAUCCAGCAAGAUAAGAUCUU